GCAAUAGCCCCAGGCUCACUCGUCUUUGCUGCAAGUCUGGCUUCCAACUUCGCUGAAUUACUUCCAUCGUUACCUCCAGUUACCCUGUCGCUCGCCAAGAGCUCGCAAUUGUAGCUAUUUUAAAGGACGUCGAUGAUGCACUGCACGAGAUAGCGAGGCAGGACACCAAGGCCCUGCUAUCUCCUUGGAAGGACUCGGCCAUGGCUGGAUACCCGUCAAGAGGAGGGCUCAGCUCGCGGCAACAGGACCAGGUCACCAUAAACGUUGGCAAGUUCGACUUUGAUAGCGAGGUUGAGGGACUUCGCGGUCAUGUCAAGAAGAUUAAACAGCUCUCUCUGGCCAUCGAGGAUGAGCGGAAAGAGCAGGGGGAGAUCAUCAACUCGCUGGAGGACACCAUGGAGCGCGCCAAGCUGGUGAUGCGGCGCGCCAUGGGCCGGCUCAACAUCGCCGCCCGCCAGGCGCGCUCCAACCACAUGCUGUACCUGGUGCUGUUCGCGGUGGCCAUGUUCACGGUGCUGUACGUGCUGGGCAAGGUGUACCGCAUCGGGCGAGCGGUGCUGGGCGGGUAGCAGCACCAGGAGGCAGACCGGAAGGAGCUGGAGGAGCAGGGCUGGGGCAGCGGAGUACGGCAGAGCAGGCUGGGGCAGGCGGCGCUGUGUUGGAUGGGGAAGACGAAGUGGAGAGGUAGGCGCGCAUAGGAGCAUCCGGCGUGGAAAGCUGGCGGUUGUGAUGUGUGGAGGUUGUUGUGGACCUCGUGUGGUGCUGGUGGUGCUGGUGGAUAAGUGCCGGGCGAGGACGUGUGCGUGUCACGCAAUGGAACGAAUGACUUGAUGUUUCGCCGGAAGGUUGCGGGCUAUGAAACUUGUAACACGAUAGCUAC